AUGAAGUUCACAAUCCCCAUCCUCGCCUCCCUCGUGGCAACCAGCACCGCCCUCUUUGAUAAGAACCAGCCAUGGGGCAAACGCGACUACUCCUGCAUCAAUGUCUACCAAGGAAUCCCAGAUAACUCAACCGUCUCGCCAGGCCAAACCGUGCACGUCCGCUUCAACCGCAAGCCCACAGGACGCUGUCCGGAUCCAUUGAACCAGUACCCCGGCGAUGACUACAGUGUCUGGCUAUAUAACAACCCGGUCCGCGUGCCAAACUCUAUCAACUUUGAUCAGUCGAUUAAGAUCGCUACUGGUAUUAAAGAGAAGGCGGGUGUUGUUGAUGUUACUAUUCCAAAGGAUUUGCCGCAUGUUAAAGAUGGCUCGCUUUGGUAUUUGAGGGUUCAGACGGGGUUGUCUACUGCUCCUCAGAUGCCUACUUUGUUCAAUGCUGCUGGACCGUUUACUAUUACCAAAGCUUAG